AUGUUCAAAUCGCACCCAUGGGUAGUCAAAACCCUCUCCUACGCCCUGGUCCCGCUCAACCUCGCCCUCCUCACGCUCAUCAUCCUGAUCACGCACGCCUACAUCCACCCGACAACCUCCGCCCCAUCCUACUACCUCCGCUCCCACGGCCAGCACACCUUCACCAUCCUCACCAUCUGCACCAUCACCGGCAGCGCACUAAUAGGCAUCCUCAACGCCCUCGUCAUCCACCACCACAUCACCUCGCGCCCCCGCCGCUACGACUCCUUCAAGCGCACGCUCACCAUCCACCUCCCGCGCCUCCGCCUGCGCACGCACUACAUCGUCGCCGCCCUGCUCCUCGCCGUCUCCGCCGCAUAUCUGCUCAUCGCGGCACUCGCGUUCCGCGAGCCGUUCCAGAAAAUGGCGUGGGCGGGCGCGUGCAGCGGGUAUGCGCUCAUGGCGGAGGUGGAGGUACUGCCGGGGUGGUACGACGGCGGGAACGGCAGCGUGUUUGGCGCGAGUAGUCGCGUGCGGUACUGGAAGGAUGGGGAGGAGGUGGGGGUCAUGGAGCUGGUGCGGCAUUAUAGGAUGGAGCCCGGGUUUAAUCUGUACCGCAAGGGCGCGCCGGAGAGGGAGCGGUUUGAUACGUUGGCCGGGUGGGGCAUGCUGGAUAUGAGGUUGGUGGUGGGCGAGGGGGCGGGUCGGUAUUGGGGGGGUGGGAAUGGGACGGGGAAUGGCACGGUGGGGAGUGGGGGGAAUGGGACGGUGGCGGCGAGGGGGAGGGUGGGCGAGGUGAAGCUGGAUUUGAAGACGUCGACCUACGACGCAACCUACACAAACACCACGCACCCGCACCUCCGCGGCAGCUACGACAUCCUCCCCAAGAACCUCACCUUCCCGGGCCUACACCUGCUGCACGCCCAGCCCGGCGAGGAAUGGCGCUUCACGGACCACGUGUGUCUGCCCCCGCGCAUAUCACUGGGCGAUCCCGACCGCCAGACGAAGGAGGACAUCCAUGGCGAGUUGAGCGACGACUGUACUAAGUACCGGCUGUGUGCGCUGAAACGCGCAUAUCCAAACAGCGAGAAGCGAGCGGACGGGAGCAAGGAGCUAGCGGGUGGGGAGGGCGAGGGGUGGCAGGAGUGGUGGGCGUGGGUGGAGGAUGUGUGGCCGAUUGUGACGGGUGUUGUGGCCUGGGAGGUGGAGAAGUAUUCGGCUUGUUGUGUACGGAACGAGUAA